GAAGACGGACAAAGAAGCUUUAUGAAGGGGGUGGAAUAAGAAGAACAAAACAUGGCGCUGCCCAUGUUCAGAGGUUGUUACAAGCUACCGUCACCAUUUAGCUCCACUCGUUUGUUUUUAAGUGGGAAUAUCGUACCGAACCGUUCCGGUAAAACGCGGCUACGUCGCUCCUCGGCUGUUGCUGCGGUAGUGACUGCGUCGCGCCCCUUCAGCUCAGAGCGGGGGGACCAAACACACAAACAGAAAGUGGUGGUGGUUGGUAUCCCGAACCCUUUCAUUUGGUUCCGAACCCGGAUCUACUACUUUCUGAUCAGAACUUACUUUGACAAAGAAUUCAGUAUUGAGGAGUUCACGGAGGGAGCGAAGCAGGCAUUCUCUCAUGUCUCCAGACUGCUGUCAGAGUGUCAGUUUGAGGCCCUGGAGGGCCUCGUGGCUAAAGAUCUGAUUGGAAAGCUGGAGGAAAAGUUCAGCUUGUUGCCACCCAACUACAAGAAAGCUCUCUCUGCAGAUCCUGAUGAGAUCAUGUAUGCGACUCCUGGAGAUGUGGGAAUCUUCUACGACGAUAACGGGAGAAAGUUUGUCAGUAUUCUGAUGCGGUUCUGGUAUCUGACGAGUGCACAGCUUCCCAAAGAAGGCGUGGAUGGAGCUCGUGUCUUCAAGGUGGCUAUUGGAGAAGGAGAGGAAGAACCAGAAACCAAAAGACUGCUAACUGCUAUAUAUGAAUUCCAGAGAGAGUUUACCAAAGGAGUGCCUCCGGAUUGGACCAUUACAAGGAUAGAGCAUUCCAAGCUUUUGGAUUGAGGUGCUUUGCAUUUGGAGCAGACGUGUCAGGAUGACCGACCUUCCCCGUAUGAGCAAACACAGCUUCAGUUUAUUUCCAGAGGGGAGAUGGGCGCUGCUUUUCAGUGGGUGGCCAGAGGACAGCGCCAGGACAAAGUUGGAUUUCUCCACCAGUAACCAGAAGUGCUGCUGAUUGUUUUCCUCAUUCUCUCUAAUGACAUUGAAAGUAACGAGUAGACCUGUAACGGAGCUGUAAGCUGUUCCUCUGGAAUAAGGCCAGAGAAAUCACGUUAUUCACUUGUCCAACUUCUGUAGUUUCUCUACAUCGGGGGUGCCCAAAGUCGGUCCUCGAGGGCAGAUUUUCAGUGUUUCCUGCUUCAACACACCUGACUCAAAUGAAAUCGAUCCAACCGCCUAUUUAGUUUUGCACAAUGACUCAUCAAUUUUGAGUCAGGUGGUUUUGGAGCAGGGACACAUCGAAAACCUGCAGGAUUGUGGCCCUUGAGGACCCGAGCUGGACACCCCUGGCCUACAUUAUGUUAUCUGAUGGGUGGGAGUUAACAGUGGGAUUAUCAGGAAGUAAAACAGUCUUUCCAAAUAAACACUGAAUAUCUUCUGACACGAUCUGACUUAAGUUUUAAGAUUUGACUGACACUUUUAAAACCUGUAAAGAGAUUAUUUUUUUUUCUUUUAAAUCGGUCUCAGAUCUGCGGCACACGCUUUCAUACUUAGUCCAGAUCUCGU